CAGGCCCAAAGCUGUUGCUGGAAGCAGGUGCCUGAGAAAAAAGCAGUGAGUUUGCCAGCAGGAACUGGUGAGCCUUUAAAGAUGUGGAAAGCAGCUGUGGGACACGACGUGUCAGUGAAAGUGGAGGCUCAGGGAGACGACUGGGACACGGACCCUGAUUUUGUGAACGACAUCAGCGAGCGGGAGCAGCGCUGGGGAGCCAAAUCCAUCCAGGGCUCCGGCCGCGCCGGGCACAUCGACAUCCAUCAGCUGAGGAACAAGGUAUCAGAGGAACAUGAGGUCAUCAAGAAGAAGGAGCUGGAAACCGGCCCCAAGGCAUCCUAUGGCUAUGGGGGCAAAUUUGGAACAGAGCGAGACCGAAUGGAUAAGUGUGCAGUAGGACACGAAUACAUCGCUGAUGUUAAGAAGCAUUCCUCCCAGACAGAUGCAGCCCAGGGCUUUGGCGGCAAGUUUGGAGUCCAGCGGGACCGAGCUGACAAGUCUGCACUGGGCUUUGAAUACAAGGGUGAGGUGGAGAAACACUCAUCCCAGAAAGAUUAUUCCAAGGGCUUUGGUGGCCGUUACGGAGUGGAAAGGGAUAAGGUGGACAAAGCAGCUCUGGGAUUUGACUACAAGAGCCAGGCAGAGAAGCAUGAGUCUCAGAAAGACUAUUCCGUGGGCUUUGGUGGGAAGUUUGGGGUCCAGAGGGAUCGUCAAGACAAGAACGCCCUUGGCUGGGACCAUCAGGAAGAAGUGCAAGCCCACGCAUCCCAGAGAGACUAUGCCAAGGGGUUUGGAGGCCGUUAUGGUGUCCAGAAGGAUAGAGUGGAUAAGAGUGCUGCUGGCUUUGAUGAGAUGGCAGCUCCCACCUCCUCCUAUGAGAAAACAAGACCCCUGGAGGCAGGAGCUUCCAGUGGCACCAGCAGCCUGCGGUCACGGUUUGAACACAUGGCCAAGUCAGCAGAGGAAGAGAGCAGAAGGCAGGCCCGGCAGCAGCAGGAAAUCCCUCCGAGAGAGAAGGAGCACACUGGGGCAGCCCCUCCAGCCGUGCCAGCAAGGGUAGCCAGGAGCACUGCUGGGGACCAGCCCGUGUCACCAGGAGAACAGGAGGCCAAAAGGGAGGAUGAAGAAGUACCACCCUCUUUGCCACCAAGGCCAGCAGAUCUGGAUGCAGACCAGUGCAAGGUCCCCAGCCAGGGUCAGCCCACCUACAGCAUAAGUCUGGAUGUUGAUGGAGGCUAUGAGGAGCUGCCAGAAUCCUCUGACUACUGUGACAUUACCAGUGGAGGUGCUGACUAUGAGGAGCUGCCAGCCCCGCUGGGAAAGCUGGAUGCUACCUAUGACUUUGGAGGAGAUGGAGGUGAAGACUAUGAGGUGAUCCUUCCUCAGGAGCCCAGACAGAGCCAACCCCACCUGGGGAACUUGGACAGUGCUUACGAGGGGCAGAGCCCCGGGCUCUGCGCAGUGGCUCUCUACGAUUACCAAGGAGAUGGAGAUGAUGAGAUUUCUUUUGAUCCUGAUGACACAAUCACACACAUUGAGAUGGUGGAUGAAGGCUGGUGGCAGGGACAGUGCCAUGGCAGAGUCGGCCUCUUCCCAGCAAAUUAUGUGAAGCUUCUGCAAUGAAGUGCAAGCUGCUUCCUUACAAACUUUUGCCUCUAUUUUGAUUUGACACUGGCCA